UUGAGUCUCAGUCGCGCACAGCCGGUUGUUCAUUCAGCAACGCGAGAUAUAUUUAUCCCGAUAUAACAAAUACGUUGAUAAUCCGAUUUUUGAAAAAAAAAACGCCGGCAACCGUGCCAAUCCAUUAUUUUAUAUUAUUUACUCUUUUGUUAGUUAUUUUGUACUGCCUUGUUAUUCUGUUAAAUUCCGUGUGAACUCGAUAUAUCUCGGUUGAGUUAUCUUGGAGCAUUGUGAUUUCUUCGAGACUAUUCGGAAAGUGAGUGGGGCAUUUGCACUGGUAUCAGUCGGUGAAUCUGACUUGUCAAUUAUUGUUUCUCAUUAAUUAAUAAAAUGAGAAAUCCUGCGGAGAAACAGUUGUCCUGGUACGCCAUCCUCUUGGCAGCGUUUUAUUCCUUGUUGGCUAGCUGUCGUGGAGAGGAGUGCGGCCGUGAGGAACUUGCCAGCUGUGCCAGACCACUCGGUAAAAUUACAAACAACAAUGAACUCGGCUUUGUCGCAAGCAAGGAGGAACUCAAUGCACUCUGUCCAGACCUGGAGAAAGGCAUGAGCUGCAUAAAGCUGUACACCCUGAGGUGCAUGAAAGGCACAGAGCGAGAACACUUCAAUAAUCUCUACCUAGGAAUAAACAUGGCCAUCGUUGAGCUGUGCCAGGAGGGACCCUAUCAAGAUGCAUUUCUGAAGCACGCCCCGUGCAUGCAGAAGGUUCAGACGGAUUAUGAAAUGUGCUCAAAAAAGUACCAAAACACAGUACUAGCACUCGAUAAGACAAACCAAACGAGGUCUAGUGAGCCAAUAAAGUCAAUAUGCUGUGCAUUCCAAGAGUAUCUAGAGUGCUCACAUCAUACUGUACGCAGGAAAUGUGGUGAGGAAACAGCUGUAUUUACGAAAAAUUUUCUGGAUCUUAUGGCCAACUCUCUGAUCAAGAUGCACUGUGCUCGUUACAAGGGAGAGUGCGCCCUCCAUUCAAGUAGUCCAUCCUUCACUAUCAGUGGAGCAUUGCUAUUGGUAUCCGGUUUGACGUCCCGAUACUUCACGUAAGAUCUUCCAAAGUCUACAACUCAGCGAAAUGAAGUAGGAAAAGUGCCUCUGCUGUCUGUCGUUCUCCAUCAGCUGAAUUUAGAUUCCUAAACAACCUCAAUUGAAGGAGUCAUCAGACUGGCGAUUUCAAAGAAAUUACCAGGAGUUUUGCCCCACAAUAUCAACAUUCUGCGACAGAACUAGUAAAAUAAUAAUCACGAUGGCAAGCUAGCCAAUAAAUCAAUGAACGGAGAGAGAAUAUGGCCAGAUAACGCCGGAUGAACGGUGAAAAUUAUCAAGUUCUCAUUGCCAAGAAUUAGAUCGCAGUAAUUAAUCCUUUAUUUUUUUUUCUCAAUCGUUAUUUUAUAUUGCAUCUACCUUGGUUGGACUUGAAACCUGUCGCACGUGAGGCAAUUACCUCGCUCAUUGCAUCAAGCCACUGGCCGAAUUCAUCUUUAGCUUUAAGUUUGAUUCAAUAUUGAACCGCUUGUGUGCUCUUCAUCAUCUAAAAAGUCUGAGGAAAUGGAGAAGAGAAAGAAUUCAAAAGAUGGUAAAACAAGAGAAGGGGGGAGAGAGGAGGGGAAAAGCCCUGCCAAUCGAGUCCUGGCAAACUUUUCCGUUCAUUAACUUGUCCUUCUAACUUCAUGUCUUCAUUGACUCUAUUCGUUCUUCUUCAUUUAUCUUGCACCCUCAAAGCGGAAACUUUUCGACGAAUCUCUCUCAUUUUAUUCAACGAGCUGUAAGCUUCCUCUAUCAUUUUUCUCCCUCAAUUCUUUUCUCUCCUUAUUUUUUUGUUCUCUCUUUAUUUGGCUACCCCCGUUCUCAGUUUAUUUUUCACUGUAGGAAUAUUUCAGUUUUCCUUGCAUUUAGAGAUGUAUGUCUACUGUGUAUAAUAGUGAGAAACCAAGAGGAAGACUGGCAAGUACCACCUGUCAAGUAUAGUUGUAUUUUUUUGUUCUUGUUAUUUCUUGAAACAAAUCUGAGUUUCUUCUAUUGAACAAGGGUCUUGUUUUCAGAGGGUUAUUCUUGUGUUUUAUAUUACGUGUAUUUCUUGAGGAUGGGUGAGGGAUUUUGUACAUCUAGAUGAGCUAAAUUUCGUCUCGACCCCAUUUCUGUCUUCUGUUGUCUCUUCCAAUGAACAAUCAAUUCACUGUGUAAAUGUACUCGAAACAUCGCUUAGUUAUUUUCCUCUUAUCAAGGAUAGUUGUGUUAUUGUAAUGUUUUUCCCACAAAUUUGAGGAAGUGACCUUAUUCCUCCGAAGUGUAUUGGAGAAACGUUUACUCGGAGGAAGAGAAGAAAUCUCGAUGCUACCUUUCCACUAAAUUUACCAAUAAUACUUGCUAGAGUAAAGAAAGAAACAAGUGAUGGUUUUAGCUGGGUUUCGAGGGUUUUCUAUUCUUGGGAGUUACUUGCGUGGAUCGAUUGCCGGUAGUUCUCUAUUGACUCGUAGAAUUUACACAGUGGAAAAUAAGAGGAGUUAUCCGAUUUUUUUUUUCUUUUUAUGGAGCAAUUCCAGCACAAUUUCACACUAUUAGAUCAAAGAAUUGUGGCGGAAAGUUGCAACCUUGAGGAGAAAAUUGGGUAAUUCCUUUAUCAUAAUUACAAUCCUUUGAGGGAAUUGAUUGUUCAGCAUGAGAAGGACUUAUUGAAUUAUUGGAUUUGAGCGCACACGUGUAAAUAAAAUAGCGCACAAUUUUGUUGAUAGAAUUUGGAGGGAGUAUGAAUAUUCAAUAUUUACGAGUGAAGAGGUAGAUAAUGGUUAUUGUAGGAAAAAUUUCAAGUUGGAAAUUGCCUUUUACAGUGUUUUGUUGAACGUUGAAGUCGGCCGAUUAUAUUUUAGUUGGCCCCAAAUUCUAAGUAUUAUUAUAUGCAAAGUUCGUCUGUACCUUUUACUCAUAUUAAUGUUAAAUAGCUAGUGAAUAACUUGUGUGCAAGACGCAAAAACAGCAAUGAGAGUAAAUAAAAGGAGGAGGCGGUACGCUUGCAUUUUCAUGUAGGAAAUUGCAGUUUGCGUAAACAUUAACGAAUAAAAAAAACCAUGUAAAAUAGGGACGAAAAUGCAAUUUGCGUAAUGGCUCCUGCAUUUUACAUACAGUAUUUGUGCGUGCGUCUGGGAAAAUUGUUAAGAUAUAAAAGUGUCUAGGAACGGCAACUGCUGUUUGUUUCAUCGACAUCCGCAAAUAAAAGAGAUAAAAACAUUAUAAUUUAUUUGUAUAAUAGUAAUGAAAGUUUGUAAAUAGAAAUGUCAAUACUCAAGGAGGAUGAUUCUUUGAGAGUUAGCAUUGUAAAAUAAUCUAAGAUAUUUACAAUAAAACGAUUAUUUUUAUUUA